UCUCUGGGAACUCAGCCAUUUCGUUUUCUCUGUCAAAUUUUGAAGCACAUCCACAAAAUAAUCAGUUUUAUGCCGAAUAAAGGUUCAGUCGCUUAUACUGUGAACACCGAGGUUAAAGUUAAAAACACAGCUAAAUAUUAGCUGUGUCCACCCCGUCAUCUACUGUCAAGUGACAGCUGGUGUGUGUGAAACCUGGCAAUGUCCACCAUGGUGUAUCCACGUGAAGAAGCCCUGGAGCGACUGAGCCAGGAUGAGAUCGUCCUUAACACUAAGACCGUCAUGCAGGGUCUGGAGACGCUACGUGGCGAGCACGCCCAGCUCCUAAACUCUCUGCUGGACUGCACCCAGCCACCUGUUGCACAAGAGAAGUCGGGGCUGCUGCGCAAGAGUCUGGAAGCCAUUGAGCUGGGUCUGGGAGAGGCACAGGUGAUCAUCGCCCUGUCCAGCCACCUGAGCGCCGUGGAGUCGGAGAAGCAGAAGCUGCGCGCUCAGGUGCGCCGCCUCUGCCAGGAGAACCAGUGGCUGCGGGACGAGUUGGCUGGAACGCAGCACAAGCUGCAGCGCAGCGAGCAGAGCGUCGCCCAGCUGGAGGAGGAGAAGAAGCACCUGGAGUUCAUGAACCAGAUCAAGAAGUUCGACGACGACGUGUCGCCCUCCGAGGAGAAGAACCAGAGCUCGGGCGGCAGCACAGGCGGAGACGCUUCAAAGGAUAACCUGGAUGACUUAUUCCCUAAUGAUGAUGACCAGGGACCAGCCCAGCCCAGUGGAGAGGUGGCAGCCCAGCAGGGAGGCUACGAGAUCCCGGCGCGCCUCAGGACGCUGCACAACCUGGUGAUCCAGUACGCCUCUCAGGGGAGGUACGAGGUGGCUGUGCCGCUGUGCAAGCAAGCCCUGGAGGACCUGGAGAAGACAUCUGGGCAUGACCAUCCAGACGUCGCCACUAUGCUCAACAUUCUGGCUCUGGUGUACAGGGACCAGAACAAAUACAAAGAAGCCGCUCAUCUUCUGAAUGACGCUUUAGCCAUCAGGGAGAAGACACUGGGGAAGGACCACCCAGCUGUGGCUGCAACCCUCAACAAUCUCGCUGUAUUAUAUGGCAAGAGGGGCAAAUACAAGGAGGCUGAGCCUCUCUGCAAGAGAGCACUGGAGAUCAGAGAGAAGGUGCUGGGGAAGUACCAUCCAGACGUGGCUAAGCAGCUGAACAACCUGGCCCUACUGUGUCAGAACCAGGGCAAGUACGACGAGGUGGAGUACUACUACGGACGAGCCCUGGAGAUCUACGAAUCCAAGCUCGGAGCUGAUGACCCCAAUGUGGCCAAAACCAAAAAUAACCUGGCCACAUGCUACCUGAAGCAGGGGAAAUUUGCAGACGCUGAAGCUCUGUACAAAGAGAUUUUGACCAGGGCGCACGAGAAGGAGUUUGGCUCUGUCAACAAUGAUAAUAAACCAAUCUGGAUGCACGCUGAGGAAAGAGAAGAGAGCAAGGGCAAACGCAAGGACUCAGGCCCAUAUGUAGAGUAUGGGAGCUGGUACAAGGCCUGCAAGGUGGACAGCCCAACAGUGAACACAACCCUCAAAAGCUUGGGAGCUUUGUACCGUCGCCAGGGCAAACUGGAGGCCGCAGAAACACUGGAGGAGUGCGCCAGCAAGUCACGCAAACAGGGUAUUGAUGCCAUUAACCAGAGUAAGGUGGUGGAGCUGCUGAAGGACGGAGGCUCUGGGAGCGACAGACGACACAGCAGGGAGGGAACGAACGGACCUGGUGGACAGAGAGGGGAGAACGAGGGCGACGACUCGGCUGAGUGGAACGGGGAUGGUAACGGGUCUCUGCGCCGCAGCGGCUCCUUCGGUAAGAUUCGUGAUGCUCUGAGAAGGAGCAGCGAAAUGCUGGUGAAGAAGCUGCAGGGCAGCGGUCCUCAAGAACCCCGCAACCCAGGAAUGAAGAGAGCCAGCUCCCUUAACUUCCUCAAUAAGAGCACCGAGGAAACCACACAGGAUGUCAACUCUGGACUCUCAGACAGCAGGGGGCUAAGCGCCAGCAACGUAGACCUAUCCAGACGCAGCUCCCUGCUCGGCUAGACCGGAGACGGGAGGCAGAAGCGGCCCGAGGAGGAGAGGCUGUUUGCAGCUCGGUUUGGUCCAACUACACACUUAAAGCUCAACGCCAGAUCAAACACUUUGCGCCUGCAGCAUAUUUUUUUAAAGAACACUGGGGAGGAGGGAAAGCAUUAGCUCCACACUCGAGGUCGUCCUCUGAGACGCCGCUGAUUCGCUGUAUAAAACGCUGCCAUCGAUCAGAAAAGAGAAUAUUUAGAUACACAUUUACGAGCAUGCUGCUUACUAGUUCGUGGAACGUCUGCACCUGAACGCCUCGUGUUUUUUCUGGGGGUUUUUUGGGGUUUUUUCCACUCACAGCACCGUAGCAGAGCAUCGUGCGUUAUGACAGGUCGGUUCCUUCAGUCCAGAUCUCUUAUGUGCAGAAACUCAACCUUAGGUGGGCUAAUUAUAAUCCAGGUCCAGUCCAGUUUCACCAGUAGCAUGAAGUAGACACAGACACUAACCAUCCACCUGAAGCAUAUUGCAGAUGGUAAAAACGGUACUACCUGAAAGAUAGAGCAGAGGUGUAACAAGAGGAUACAAGCAUCAUUAGCACUAACCAUUUCAACCUCACUUUAUGCCUUUUUUAUGUAAAUACAGAUUUAAAUUAUUUGGUAUUUGAUUCUGUGUGUAUAGUGCACUGAUUUAUUUCUUUGUUUGUUUGUUUACACUUUAUUUCUGGUAAAGAGGGUCUCAUUUAGAAGUAAAACACUACCUGUAUGAAGGGCGGAGACUGGAGAUGAAGGAAAAGAAUGGAGUGAUGUGAAGGUGAAAGGUUAAUGGGCAUUGGUUGAUUGUAUCCGUGACACUAAAUGUUGAUAAAUGUAUUACCUCAACUGUUCAUGUCCGAUACCAAGUCGUCAAAGUUUCACUAUAAUCGUGUGCUUUAAAUGUGACAGUACUGUAUUUCUAGCAACAAUCUUGCGAUCUACUGAGCAUACUUUGAUGGGAAAGGUUAUUCAUUUCCACUGGAUUGGGUUGUGACAGCGUUUGGGGGCAGAAACUGCAGUUUUUCAUGAGUCAAAAGACAGAAAACGGGACAGAAAAUUCAUUUGAGGAAAGAUUUUUUUUUUUUUUUUUUUUUUUAAUUUUUGGGGGUUCACAUCCUCUAAAAUGAUGCCGUUGCGUUCCUAGUGACUUAAUUUAAAGUCACGUUAAAAGAGCUUUUAGGGGUCGUGCGUAAUCCAGGACAUACUGUUUCAUGUCCCAUGUCCUAUUUUGCACUGCAGGUUUAGGAAAAGAUCAUGUUUUAUGUUAAAAUUCUGCCUUUCAUAGCAUUUCUGUUGGGGAAAAAAAGUCCUUUACAGGAGUCCAUGUGCGAUGAGUUGACUCUAAAACGGCAGUAUUUGACUCCUCGGUGUCCCUGAAGCCUCAACAGGGAGUUUAAUCAAAGUUUGUUUUGGUACCUUUUACCUGAGCUUCAUGCGACUAAAUAAUAAAGAAAAUUUGAUGUUUAAAAAUAAUGUGUUUACAAUCAUUACAGCAGGAUAUUGAAGUGAAAGUGUCUUUUAAAGCUGUGGGUAACCCUCUUAAUUAUUUGAUCAGAGCUGAUGCAGCCCAUCAGCUGAUGUGUUUACUGUCAUUCCUCUUGUGAGUUUGUUGUAGUUUUUUCUGUAUUUACUGUUGUUGAAUGUGCAUCAUUUUGUGCAAAUCAGUCCUUAUUGUUACAUUUCUUUAUUUCUUUUUUUUUUCUCCUGGGUGGAUCAGUCAUCAGUCGUAAUCAAACCCUCGCAGGGAGCUGGCUGAUGGUGGUCCGUCCUCGCUGACUUUUUUUGUUGUUCUGAAGCGAUUUUUUUGUUUUGGCUCUGAGCUUUUAUGUCGACGGUACAAACAGCUGGUUAUUUGAAUGUUGAUUUUUAAUGUUGAUUGUGCGGGGUCUGGUGGAUUGUUGUUGUUUGCAAGCCAGGACGCUACUAUCAGGAGAACUAUCCGCCGAAUGUACUUCUUAUCACGUUAAAGCAAAAUUAGGGUCAGCAAGUGAUGUUACACCCUCAAGUUUUUCCUUGACUUGACUUCAUGACGAGAAAGUAAACGAAAAGGUGAAUGUGAGUUCUAAAAAGGUGAAGGCAGGUUCGUGUGAGGCUGUUUUGCCAUCGCCACGCAGCUACGGAAACCGAAGGCACGCUUUUUUUCUUUUUAAUUUUUAAUUAGCCUUCGAUCUCUGAGUGGCGCUAAGUUUAUCCUGUCUGCUUCAGAACGUGCGUGAUGGUUUAAUGAACGGAGGAAAGGAGGCGUACCGAAAGUGCAGGACGGAGUUAAAAAGAAGUGAGUGGAAGAGCUUUGGAAAGACGCUGGAAAAACAUAAAGUGCUUUAAGUGUUGUUCACAGCAAAUAAUGUACAGAGUUAUACAUGUAUGACCUUUAUAUACGCGUUUACUGUUUGUCACUUAUUCACUCAUAAGAAUGAUGGAAGAUUCCUAUAACCAUACACACAAUCUCAACACUGUCUAACUGUAUGUGUGUGUUUAUGUGUAUAUACAUAUAUAUUUAAAAAUCAAAUGGUGAAACACUAGUUUGUAGCUGAAGAUCCAGUAAAGAUCAGUGCUUCUUUCCAGUACACACCAUCAUAUCAAUACUUACCAGUACUGUAAGGUAUUAAUCAUUCACUUCUACACCCUGGGUCGGUGCAGUGUAAUAACUGGGAUUUCAGGAGAUGCAGACUCCUUAAACAUGUCACCGCUAAUGCACUAUUUUCUCAUGUGGGAGAACAAAACUGCUACGGCUGUAAAUAUUAAUUUGUGGUCAAUGCAGCAGCAACAAUUUGAUCCAAAGCUUAAAAGAGAAAUCUUGAUUUCUGUGUGCUGUCUGUCCAAAUGUGUAUGGAGAUCAGUGCAUGUACUCAGAGCCACUGAUGGUGAUGUACGUACGCAGGCCUUCUCUCUUUUUUUUUUGUUAUUUUUCUUUGUUUUUAUUUUGUUGCUGAUGAUUUCAUGCAUCUUAUUAUGACGGGGCCAACCUAAUGUGUAUUUUAAUCAAAGGUUCAAUAAAUGCAAAUUCCACUUUUCAAACCAAA